UCCACUCUCAGUUGUAGGGGGUAGCAGGUCCAAACUCUGCGCUAAGGUGGCUGUCACUGGGCCCAGGUGAUAACUCAGGAGAGGUACUCAUGAAAAUCAGAGGUUAUGAUUGAUGCUUUAUGUCACUUUCACCAAUGACACUUCCACUCACUGGCCCUCAAAUGGAGCUGUCUGAUCAUAUCCAGACUUCCCAAGUGGAGAAUGUCCGUGUAACCUGCCCCUUAAUGCCCCCCAUAACUGGAACUCUGUGUGUGAGCAGCCAUCAUCUCUUGUUGUCAGCCCUUCCUGAGGGGGAUGAAGAUCAUGAUGGAGAAAGACUUGAGUUAUGGCUCCUGCAUCGUGCUGUGGACUCAGUGGAGAAGAGUGUUCAGAACAUUGUCCGCUUCCGGAGCAAGGAGAUUGUAGAGGGUUCUGAGGGAAAGACAGGCUCGGGGUCAAUAACACUGAAGUGUAAAGAUCUUCGAGUUAUUCAACUGGAAAUCCCAAGCAUGGAGGCAACACUGAACAUUGCCCGCUCUGUGCAGGCUCUAUCCUCACUGGAUUCCAUUUCCCUGGCGUACCCAUUCUUCUUCCGGCCACAGAGACACAGGUUAGGGGAGGGAUGGCCACGAGAUACCACAGAAAACUUCUUCCUCAAGAUAAAAGCUGAGACAGAUUCCUGGAGGAUAAGCCAUAUAAAUUUAGAUUUCAAGGUUUGCCCCAGCUACCCACCGACAGUCAUAGUGCCCAGAUCCUGCACUGAUGACACCUUGCUGAUGUCAGCCUCCUUCAGGCGCGGCGGUAGAUUUCCAAUACUGAGCUACUACCACAAAAGUAACGGGACGGCUUUGCUUCACUGUUCUAAGUCUCAGGCUGGUUCUGCUCGUCACCGAUGUGAAAAAGAUGAGGCUCUGCUGGAUGCAGCGCUGCUGGGACAAUUACCUGGAUUUAUAAUACACACCGGGCCUUCUAAUAAUGCCAAGCAGGUUACUAGUGAGGAAGAGGGAGCUGAGCGUCAAGCUGGGUACUGGAGAGUGCUACACCGGCCAUUAGAGAGGGGUCGGGCACUGCAGGACAGUCUGGUUCGGCUUGUUAGUGCAUGUUAUGAGCCUGCAUUGGAGAUAAAUCGCUGGCUUAGUAAGUUACAGGCCUCUCGUUGGAUGUCUCAUGUAAAGGAAGCAUUGGGAGCAGCAGGACUCACUGCUGAGUGCAUGGAAAGGAAGGGUGGUUGUGUGCUUGUGCAAGGGAAAGAGGGCACUGACACCACUCUCCUGGUAACAUCCCUCACCCAGCUCAUCUUGUCUCCAGAUUGUCGUACUUUUGAUGGAUUUCAAGAUCUGAUUGAGCGUGAUUGGCUUCAGGCUGGGCAUCCCUUUCAGCUGCGCUGUGCACACUCAGGAUGGUCUCAGAGUCGUGCUCAGCAUGAAGCACCCCUUUUUCUAUUAUUUUUGGACUGCUGCUGGCAAGUAGCUCGCCAGUUUCCAUUUGCGCUGGAAUUCAGUGAGAAGUUACUGUGUAUCUUGGCAGAACAUGCAUACAGUUCGGAAUAUGGAACCUUCUUGUGCAACAAUGAAAAAGAAAGAUGUCUGUAUGAAGUGCAGGACAGGACUCACUCCCUUUGGGUUUUUUUGAAUGAUAACAAGAAGCAACUGAAGCUACUAAACCCAAUGUAUGAACAGAACCCACUGGUCAUCUGGCCAUCCGUAGAACCACAGAGCUUGCAGCUGUGGGCAGGUUUCUUUCUCCAAUACCUUCUACCCCAUGAGCAUACAAUACUUGCCAGGAAGAGGAUGGUUGAGAUAAUAAAAACGUCACAGGAGCCCCUUGAUAACUCCCAGAUAAGUCAGUCUUGAUCUUGAAAUAAGUUCAUUCUAUAUGAUGAAUACAGUCUACAACAAUUAUGAUGACCACUACAAAUGUUUUGGGAAACUGUAUUUAGGCUACAGAUUCUAACAUGUCACAGAUUCUGGACCAAUGCACAACUCAUUCUAAAAAGGACAAAUUAAAAGGGCAUAAGAAAUAUAUUCUGAAUAUUUGACAAUACCAAAUAUUAAAUCCAGUAAAACAUCUUAAAAUAUUAA